AUGUCUCCUCCGGCGAUCUGGAAGAAAUCCAUGCAGGACCUUCUCUCAAGUGGAGAGUUUUCAGACUGCAAAGAAUCCCAUGAACAGACUGUUGACCUACCUGAAGACGACGUGAACACAGUCAAACGUGUGAUUACAUUCAUGUAUACGCACGAUUAUGAUGAAGAGGGACCCGAAGACGAGUACACGGAUGAUGAUAACCAUUCUACUUCAGAUCAAUCUACAGAAGGAACCUCGGACCGCCCUCAAGAUGACGCCAAUACAGAAAAUGAACACAAUGCAGUCGUAUACAUCCACCUAAUCGUCUACCGAGCAGCAGAUAAGUUUGGUAUCGAAGAUUUGAAGUCCCUUGUAGCUGAAAAGUUAGUCAGCUGGACCGAGACUGGUUGGUGUUCCAACACGUUCUUCAAGACCGCCCAGGAUAUUAUGGGAGUGACCCCGUUACAUAAAGAGAGGCUAAGCAAAUUGGUGACCGACACUAUCACAAAACAUUUCUCUCACUUUAUAAAAUUCAAUAACUUGAAGUUGAAACAACUUCUUGCGGACAACGAAGCUAUUGGAUCAGCGGCUCUGAUCAAAAUGAUUGACCAACAGCGGAUUAUUGGGACAAGGGAAGAGUGGAUUCAGUGUCUCGAGAAAGCUCUUCGGUGGAUUCUCAGUAAGAACCACCGAAAUGGGACUUAUUACCUGUAA